AUGAAGGUGGAUUUUAGUGCAGAUGCGCCAUUCAGCAUAAAAGAAGAUAUUGAUGCACUCUCUCACGCCUAUUCCUAUAUAACUUGGAAAUAUGGUGGGUAUCUGCUUAUUGCGAUAAUUGCAUUCAUUGCGCUGUAUGCGUAUCAUUACACGCAUCCUCCAAAGCAAGAUCCAGCUCUAACCGAGGAAAUCCGCCUGGCAAAUGAGGAGCGGAUGAAGCGAGUACGUCGUAUGCAAGUGGGAGAUUCUUUAGAGGAUAAGGUUCGUCGACGAAAGCAAGAGAUUGCAGAGAAAGCCUCCAACUAAGUGUACAAUGA